UUACGCGCACCGAGCGGAACGAGAACAGGGGGGAAAAAUCCAGCGAGCGUCCGUAGCUUCCUGACCUGAACGGCGUCUGCUAGAGGAAGUUACCUACAAACCUCCAUCCCGCCGUGCACGGGGGGAAAUUUUGCACAACUGCACGCAAUUUGCACGACUUGAAGGCCGAGGUCGUGUAUUACUUCGGCGCGCCUCGGUUGUUUUGAGUUUCCUGGAGGACGCAGCCACCGCACCGCACUGCGAGGAGGGUGAGAGAGAGAAGAGGAGGAGAAGGCAGAAGUUUCGACUGGUUUGUUUGUCACCGGGGGGGUCGGUAAAUCCGCAGGAAUGUCGCAGAAGGAGAGACCCACUUUCUACCGACAGGAGCUCAACAAAACCGUGUGGGAGGUCCCGGAGCGGUACCAGCACUUAUCCCCAGUUGGCUCCGGUGCUUACGGAUCCGUUUGUUCUUCAUAUGACGUGAAGACGGGCCUGAAGAUAGCGGUGAAGAAGCUGUCCAGACCGUUCCAGUCCGUCAUCCACGCCAAGAGGACUUACAGAGAACUGCGGCUACUCAAACACAUGAAGCACGAGAAUGUGAUUGGUUUAUUAGAUGUCUUCACACCAGCAACAAGCUUAGAGGAGUUCAACGAUGUGUACUUGGUUACCCACUUAAUGGGGGCAGACCUCAACAACAUCAUCAAGUGUCAGAAGCUGACUGAUGAUCACGUCCAGUUCCUCAUCUAUCAGAUCCUCAGGGGGUUAAAGUACAUCCAUUCUGCAGAUAUCAUCCACAGAGACCUGAAGCCCAGUAAUCUGGCAGUGAAUGAAGACUGUGAGCUGAAGAUCCUGGACUUUGGCUUGGCACGACACUCCGAUGAUGAGAUGACGGGCUAUGUGGCCACCCGGUGGUACCGGGCUCCAGAGAUCAUGCUCAACUGGAUGCACUACAACAUGACAGUGGAUAUUUGGUCGGUGGGCUGCAUCAUGGCUGAACUACUCACUGGACGGACGCUCUUCCCUGGCACAGACCACAUUAAUCAGUUGAUGCAUAUAAUGAUGCUCGUCGGAACCCCAGGGCCCGAGCUCUUGAUGAAAAUCUCCUCAGAGCCUGCAAGGAACUACAUCAACUCACUUCCCCAGAUGCCCAAGCGGAACUUUGCUGAUGUGUUUAUUGGUGCCAACCCCCUAGCGGUGGACUUGCUGGAGAAAAUGCUGGUGCUGGACACAGACAAGCGGAUCACAGCGUCUGAGGCUCUCGCCCACCCUUACUUUUCUCAAUACCACGACCCAGAUGAUGAGCCAGAAGCAGAGCCGUAUGACCAGAGCUUUGAAAGCCGCGAGCUGGAGAUUGAGGAAUGGAAGAGACUAACCUAUGAGGAGGUUCUCAGCUUUGAGCCGCCAUCGUUUGAUGGAGACGAGAUGGAGUCCUGAGGAUUUCCUCCCACAUCUGUCUCGUUGCAAGAAACACUCUGAGGACUAUCAGUCUCAUUUGACUAUCGGCUCACACACACACACACACACACACACACACACACACACACAACCAUGACAUUCAAGUGCCUGCCGUCAUUCAUUUCUGGGGGUCAUAGUGAUUUCAGGGGUCACAGCUGACACCUUCGUCACCUCGGCCUCCACCUCGCUGUCUGUUUUUACUUACCACCCACUGGACUGAGAUAUAACUUUAUUUUCUAUAUAAUUUUAGUGUGUUCUUUUUUCCUCAGACAGCAUAUCAUAUUUACAGUUUAUAUUGUAUCCCUUGUUUGAAUCACACAUCAACUUUCAGUAUCUCAAAAUAUUCAGAUGAACUAGACCACUGAUUGGUAUUUUGUUGAAAUGCUGUUCAUCUUAGCCAGCAAUUAUGACUGUGUUUAAAGAAAAAAGUUGGAUUGAAAAGUUGUAAACAGUAAUAUGCCUAAAACGUACUAUCCCCCCUCACACUUAAAUUAUAUGCUGUUAUUACAACCAGUGCUUAAAAUUAUGUAAUUGUAAAUAUGACUGCACAUUUUGUAAAUAAGUGCUACAAUGAGCAUAACAGUUACCACGUUUGUGUUGAGGUCAUGAUCGCUGAGGCACAUUUCAGCCAGCCGUAUUCACAGUAUAAAUGUGGCUGUAUUUUAGCCUGAAAUAGUAAUUGAAAGACAUAUGUAAUUUAAUAAUAAUAAAAAAAAAAUUCUAUGUAUAAAGUAAGCUGAAUCUAUGUAAAAUGAGGAAUUGAUUGUUAGUGACACAAAUUCAAGGCUUCAUGUAUUUCUUAGCGUUGGAUGUGUAGGUUUAUAGUUCCUUGUUUUCUCUUUUCUACUAAACUAAUCGAGGGUGGAGAGUUGCAUAUUUUUCUUAUGUGACCCUUUAGUAUUUUUUUCCUGCUUUAUUUUAUUUUUGAAGUCUCCACUCCUUUCUUUGAUAUCCUUUUUUCUUUAAGCACUUCCAUUCAUGUGUCCCAGAUGAAUGUUUAUAGAGAGCAGUCACCGUUAUCACAAACUCUAUCACUUCAGCAUGGUCAAGCCAGAUUUGGCUUAUUGUAUUUGAAAAUUGAUGUUUCCCAUCACAUCAACUGACAAUGUACUUUAAAAUCACAUAUUACAUUUUUUUUUUUUAAACACAUUACUAUCGAUGUUUAUUGAAUGUUGGGGGCAGUAGUCUGCCCUGUAUUUAUGAUCUUUUGUUAUGUCAUUUGUAUAUCAAUGUAAAAGAGAUUAUUUGUGUCAGAAUUUAAGGUUCUUUUUUUUUUUUUAAUUUAUGGAGAUCUUACUAUAUCAGAAACCAAACCUAUCAUUAAUAAUCUCAUCUGUCAGCUUAGCCAUGGUGACUGCAGUUACAGCUUGUUUAUCAGAACGGAGACGUAACUGUAUGUACCGUUGUUGUGGAUGAUCGUGUUGCUCUCAAUCAGCUUGACAAACUGCCCUCCUGAUAUUGCAAUUGUUUCUCAAGUCCAGCUUUAAAGAGGUGAAUACAUGUGACUUAUGUUCCCUGAAUUAUUGUCCUCUGAAAGUAUCCCUUCAGAAUAUUUCCAAAGGACAACAGCUCAGUGAAUCUAAGGAAAAUGAAUAUAUUUAAGUGGUCAUGUUUUACAUUCACCCGGAAACCACUAACAAGUAACAGGAGUUCUUCCUUGAACAUGGCCCUCAGUUUCGGGUCUAGAUUUCUAGUUACCAACCAUUCAGUAAUAGUACAAUUGUUUUAUGUACAUUAUAGGAGUCUGCAGAUGCUUUUUGGGCCUGCAAAUAGCUUUAUCUAUGACAUACAAGCUGUAUCCACAGUUGCUGUGGCUCAUGUCAGCCAAACUAUAUCCACGUCUUCAAGAUUUCAUCAGCAAUUGCUUUUUCUUUUUUUCUAAUGUUUGAUUUUAUUCUCUGUGUGUCAAAUCAAGAGGUCGAUGUUAUUCUGUGAUUCUGUAAUACUUGACUGUUUUCUGAGUAAAUGCUAGAACCAUAUUGUUCAUUUGCAGACCUGGGUAGUUUUAGCAGGGGGGUUGGUUCCAUCAUUAGUUUUUAUGGCACAUGUGUAUUGCAAGGAGUGUAUGUUUACCCACUGGAUGCUGAAGGACAAUGCUGAAGCCUCAUACUUUGUAAUUUUACCACAAACGGCAUAGGUUAGGUAAGAUAUUUAUCUUGUCAGUUAGGCAUUUCCCAGUGUCAUUACAAUGUCAUUUUGUUUAUUAUCUUUUUCUUUGGUUGAGAUGUGUUCGCCUUGGAAUGGAUUACCUUUUUACUAAGUUUUAGACCACAUUCUGUACCAAGACAGCAGGCCACACCACCUGUAUAUUCCACCAUUAGGAAAUAAAGGCUACUAUUUUUCAAACCUGUAA